CUUGGUCUGAACCUUUUAGUCAUCUCAGUCUGCUCUGACACAAACAUCAUGAAGACAGCAGGGACCCUCCUGGCUCUCUCACUCCUUCACCUCUGCUCCUCAGUCUCCAUCAGCCGCCCCACCAACUGGCUCAGACAAUGUCGAGCCUCGUCCGACACCCCCAUCACCGCUCUGGAGGUGCUGCCCGGCGGAGGCUGGGACAACCUGCGUAACAUGGACAUGGGUCGAGUCAUGAACAUGAGCUACUUCCAGUGCCAGACCACCGAGGACGGGAUCUACCUCAUACCAGACGAGGUGUUUGUCAUCCCAGACAAAGAGACGGGCGUGGAGACAAACUCAGAGAUAAUCAGCUCCUGGCAGGAGCAAAAGAGCUCAACAUCAAACUCCAUCAAUGUUGAGGUCUCUUUUUACUCAGUGCUAAAUGCCAAAUUUUCUAAAGAAAACACAAGGAUGAAAACACAUCAGGUCAAAGACUCUUCAACUACAGCCAGAGUGCAGAUUCGGGACCUGAUCUACACAGUAAAGGCUUAUCCAGACUUCACUCUCGACACACGCUUUGCACAACAAGUCAAAGAGAUCGCCAGCGCUAUUGAGAACAACCAAACAAGACAUGCAAACUACCUUUCAGAGAUGAUGGUUCUGGAUUAUGGGACCCAUGUAAUCACGAGUGUUGAUGCCGGGGCUGCUUUGGUUUCAGAAGACUACCUCAGCUCCUCAUAUGUGUCGAAUGGUACGUCAGAAAGUUCAAGCAUCAAAGCACAAGCAGGGCUGAACUUCUUUGACAAAGUCAAGUUUGACAUAAGUAGUAAUAACACCAAACAGAGCUCCUCACUUUCGACAUACCAGUCCAAUAUCCAGUACUCUCUCAUCCAAAGCCAUGGUGGCGUUCCUUUCUAUCCUGGCAUCUCUCUGCAGAAGUGGCAGGAAAGUAUCAAGAACAACCUGGUUGCUAUUGAUCGCUCUGGACUUCCUCUGCAUUACUUCAUAAACACCAACACCCUCCCUGAUCUGCCACAGCCCACCAUUGGGAAAGUUGCUCUCACAUUGAGUCGGGCCAUAGAGCGAUACUACAAGAUCAACAUGAGGCCAGGAUGUGUGAAGGUCAACUCCAAGAACUUCAACUUCCAAGCCAACGUAGAUGAUUCGUCCUGUGAGGGUCCUGCUACAAACCUCAGCUUUGGUGGAGUCUACCAAGAGUGUCAUCCAAUCAGCUCAGAUGCAGACCCUCUAUGUGAUGCUCUGGCCCAGAGAAACCCUGACACAGGUGAUUUCUCCUGCCGUCCUCCUUACACCCCAACUUUACUGAGAUCAGAAGUGAGACAGCAGGGUUACACUUCACGCUCUUGCUUCCUCUUUUUCUGUUGGGACGAGUAUUAUGUUCGCUCUGCAUACAUUAACACCUACUGGUGCUCUGUAAAUGGAAAGGCCCCAGACAACUCAGGGUAUCUGUUUGGAGGGAUUUACAGCCCCUCUCUCCUGAACCCCCUCACCAAUGCCAAAAGCUGCCCACAAAGCUUCAUUCCAGUCAAGUUUCUCUCUGAUGGACAGAUGAUCUGUCUGAGCAAAGACUACGAGGUUGGCAGCAUGUAUGCAGUGCCAUUCGGAGGCCUCUUCAGUUGUCAGUCAAGCAACCCACUAGCCAGUUUCCAGAACCGCUGUCCUCUCACUUUCAGUCAGCAUCUUGCCACAGUGAGCGAUGGAUGUGAAAUCCUUUACUGUGUCCAGUCAGGGCUGUUCACGGGAGGGGAGCUGCUUCCCAUCCAUCUACCUCCAUUCACUAAACCUCCACUUAUCAGCAUGCAAGCCACAAAGACGAUGAUGGUGAUGACUGAAGGAGAUAAGAACUGGGUCAGAAUAGGGCAAACCAAGUCAUGGAAAUUGGUGAAACCAGAGGAAAUUAAAGAAAUCAUGCAAAAGAUCAACCCAGGACUGAAUGGGAUGUCUAGUGGAGAGAAGGCUGGGGUGGUGUUCGGGGUGAUUGGGAUGAUGGUGCUGGUGGUAGUGGUGGUAGUCCUGGUGAAGAGAAGGAGGGGGCUGUCUGGGUUUAGGGCCACUAGAGGCUAUGCAGAGAUACGUGGAGAGGAUGAACAGCAUGAGGAAGAAAGAGUGACAGAGCAAGAUGAGGUCUGAGUAUAACGGUGAGGUUAGAAGCUCACACAGGAUAACAAUACACUCAACCUGUUGGAUUCUCAAAUACUGCCUCUUUGGCAAAUUUGUCUCAUGCCUCUUAAAUCUAUUACAUCUGACAACAGAAUCAAUUUCACUUAUUGAUUUUCAUAUCAAAUUUAAUGAAAAUGUAUGCUGAUUAUUGCACUCUAAUGUUACCACGUAUCUGUUCACAGUAGCUCUGUAUGUUUGAUGAAAAGAUGUGGCAAAAAAUACCAUUUCUCUUCCUUUUUGUUUUUAGAAAAUGUAUCCAUCCCAUGAGCAAUCUUUUCCAUUUGCUUGCUUCAGAUGCAUUACUACUGAUCAUUAAAUUGACCUGCAAUGCAAAUUUGCUUAAAUCCUCUUUUCAUUUUCAAUAAUUUUGAAAACAUACCAAUGAUCAGCAUUCCAAAAGCUGUUAUGGAUAAUGACAGCUUUAAAAUGUUUUUUGUCAAAAACAUCAGUUAUUGCUUUACUUGCUAUAAAACUGCAUUUCAUAAUUCAGAUUGCACAUUUCAUAAUUCAUUUGCUUUGAACUGCCCACAGAGGGAACAGAUACAUACUUUAUUCUCUGAUUUACAGCUUGAAAGCUUGACUGAAAUGUAUGAAAAUUAUGACGUCUCACACAUUCUUUAAAUAAUUAGCGUUGCCAGUACUGUUUCUUUAAAUUAAGAAGCAUUAUAAAGGGGUUAACAUGUGAACCUUGUUUUAUACUGCUGCAAUUACUGACUGAGAAUCUGCAUGUAUGUUAAUGUCAUUCUCCUACUUCACUUUUUAUUAAAGUCAUAUAACCAUU